AUGGAUGUUGCCCUGGUAGCCAGGGCUUAUGCAUCCAUAGCGAAAGCGUCAUAUCCCUUACUCAACCUUGACCGUGUUCUUGGUGACCUCAGCAGACUCCUCAUCGCACUCGAGCUUGGCGGUCUCCUUGGUGGCCUCAGUAGGCUCAGCGGCCUCAAGCUUGAUCGUCUCCUUGGUGUUCUCAGCAGGCUCAGUGGCCUCAACCUUGACAUCCUCCUUGAUGGCUACAGCGGCCUCCUCAGCGGCCUCAGCAGGCUCCUUGCUGGCCUCCUUCGUCUCCAUCUUGAUAACCUCCCCAGUCUCGGUGACAGCCUCGGCAACCUGGGCGAGACUGGAUCCUUCACGCCAUUCUUGGUCUUUGAGGCGUUGGCAGCCUUCGGCGGCGCCAAGAGUAUCAAGGAGGAGAAGCCCACUGAGGCUACGGAGAGGACCAAGCACACCAAGCAGACCGCCGAUGCUCCCGAAAACAAAGUCAAGGCCACCCGCAGCCGCAAGGCCGCUGCCACUGAGACCGCUGAGGAGCCUACCAAAAAGGGCAUCAAGGAGACCGCCAAAAAGAGCCCCGAGGGCACCGAUGCCGGCACGGAGAAGCCCAAACGUGAUUGCAAGGCUGCUGCCACUAAGGAGUCAGGUUCUGGGGUUGCAACUGAUAUCGAGGCCAGGAUGGCAGGCACAUACUGCCUGAACAAAAUUCCCAAGAGACAUAUUCACAUGCUCUUCAUUCAUCCUAUAUGCCCUCUUCGCAGUGCUCUUGUCAUGAAGCAAUUGGCUGACCUGAUACUGCUGCUCGUAAGCAGCCCAGAACAUACCGAUAUCUGGGCUCGGUGCAUCUCUCCGCUCCACUGCGCUGAGUACCGGUCAAUGUCCGGAGAAUCGUCUAGGUCCUGA